ACAUAUUAGGGAAGAAAAAUGAAUGGUUGUGUGUAUCUCUUGUGUUAGCGGUACGGACUAGGAAGAAAGGGUUGAGGGUUUUGAACUUCUACUUGCUUUCUACACAGAGAGAAGAUGCCUUGUCUGAACCUGUCCACUAACGUGAGUUUGGAUGGAGUCGAUACGUCCUCCAUUCUUUCUGAAGCCACUAAGACCGUCGCUAAGAUCAUCGGAAAACCGGAGGCCUAUGUCAUGAUAGUGUUGAAGGGAUCAGUACCCAUGUCUUUUGGUGGAAAUGAGCAACCAGCAGCCUAUGGUGAGCUGGUGUCUAUUGGGGGCCUCAAUCCUGAAGUAAACAAGAAACUGAGUGGUGCAAUUGCAACAAUUCUUGAAACCAAAUUGUCUGUUCCUAAGUCACGAUUCUUCCUCAAAUUCUACGACACAAAGGGCUCCAACUUUGGAUGGAAUGGGUCCACCUUCUAAAUUCUGUAGAAGUUCUGGUGUGUUGCCUGAACUCUUUUUACAGACCAAAUGGCAUAUGUAGAAGUAAACUCUAUGGCAAUCUAUCAAUAUGGUCUUAUAACUGUUGUAGAGACGCAACAAGGGACAUCAUGUUUUGUUUUGUAAUCGACAUGUUUAAUUUCAGGGAAUUGUUGAACAUAUAGUGGCAGUACUUUCGUUUGGGGAUAAGAUUUCUUCUUUGUUGGUUUGUUGGAAUAAAAUGUUUUUCCUUCUGAGGAUUAGUUAA